UCUCUGUACAUACCUAUGCAUGUACCUACACCUGACUCGGAGUCUCUCAGUUUAGUUUUCAAAGGCCGCAACGCACGCGCUCCCCCGAACGCGGCCGACGACAUUGUCCGCGCGAAAAUGAAAUCGAGUUUCUAAAUUUGAACAUUCAAAUUGAUAUCGAAACUUUACAUUUUAAAUUCUGAUUUUUAAGCGGCUAAGGAAUUCGUUUGAGUGAGACGUUUCUAACUUUUGUUAAUAUAAAAAGUGAUCGUAAUUAAAAAUGAAGUUAAUAUUUGUUAACAACAUACCCGGCGUUGUGCUGAUGACCCUAGUAUUAUUAACUAGUGCUCAAAGAACAUCGCAUAAUCUCAGAGACAUCGACCUCCACGAACUGGCGAGGCAGAACAAGAUCACGAAGCAAAUUCUGGAGGCUUUCAUCCAAAAGAAACUGGGACUGUCAAAGGGCCACGUAAAGACGCCCUCAAUACAAGAGAUCCUGCCAAUAAUGAAACCAGAGGAAAGAAACCUCAGACAAUCGAACCAAAGUGAAAAUUAUCAAGAACCACAAGAAUACUCCGAAGAUGACAGCUUGCAAACUGUUGAAAGUGAACAGAUCAAUUCAAUAUACUCUGAAGCGGAGCGUUUAGACGUCGGCUAUGUCCACGACACGAUCACGGACAAACUACACCUGUAUUGCAAUAUUCUCAACUCAUUGAAAAACAUUACCUUCUGUCGCUUUCAAAAGACUGGCUCAUCGUCCGGUUAUAACAUUGAGGAUGGUUUCAGUGACGGCACUCACAGUUACUAUGGCGAUGGUUUCAACGCGAAACAUUGUGGUAUGACCAUAGAGAUUCCCAAUGCAGACGACUAUGGUAUCUGGCGUUGUUCAGUCGGAGUGAGUCAGUGGUAUGGAAACAAUAUCGUUCAGCUAAACCCGAUGCAGGCUCUGAUCAGUGUCUCCCAACAACACGACCGUAGGAGCAAAAAGUACACCAGUCAAUAUGAACAGGAGCUGGAUUCAAACAGCUAUCAAUGUACAAGUUGCAACGAUGACGAGCUGGGCGUGACGCGAUGGACAAUGCCGCUACUCAAGACGGGGGAGAAGCGAUACUAUCUAGGAAUUUUUUUUAAGGCUAACUGGUUCAAGGCACAACAGUACUGCAGAUUCCAUGGUAUGCACCUUGCAUCAAUAUCUUCACAGCAGGAGAACGACAAGCUAGAGCAAUAUGUUAAGGACUCUGGUUACGGGCGCGAGCAUUUCUGGACAUCAGGGACGGACUUGGCCGAAGAAGGAAACUUCUUUUGGAUGGCUAACGGCAGACCGCUCACGUUCGUGAACUGGAACGCAGGCGAGCCUAAUAACUUCAGGUACGAAAACGGCGAGGAAGAGAACUGCUUAGAACUGUGGAACAGAGACGACAAAGGCUUGAAAUGGAACGACUCGCCGUGCUCAUUCGAAACUUUCUUCAUCUGUGAAGUACGAUCAGAUUAAUGUUUGACAUAAAUUGUCGUUUAGGCUGUAUACAUCACGAUUUGGUAUGGGAUAAAGAGGCCAUGCAUAAAUUACUUUGCACCAAUUCCAGUAAUUUUCACACAUCUAUGUCACAGGGAUGUCA